CUACAUAUAUAGCUAUAACUGUACCAGAUGUCCAAUGUACAUAGCCUCUGGCGGAUUAUCAAGUGCAUUCAUUCGCGAGAAAAGAUUAAAUACCUGUGUAAGAUAAAUACCUACAUAUAAAUAGAUAUCAUUUUUAUUACAAUAUCUAUAAAGGCAAAAAGCUAUACAAGUGAUGGAAUUUACAAGACAUACGACUGUCCUACGUCGACUUGCUUUUCGAAUAAAAGCAAAAGGAAACAUGGACCUACAUACACAAUCGAUUGCGAUGCAAAAAGAAACUGAAAAACAACAAAAAGUAAAUAUGGCUUGGUGGAAUGGUUGUUCGUUAACACUUUUCAAUACAGUUCGAGUUCCUUUCAUUCGAGAUGGCAUUCAUAAGACUGGAAUCAAAAAUAACACAGCAACUGUCGACAAAACUCGUUUAGAUGGUGUCAAAGUACUCGACGUGGGAUGUGGAGGAGGAAUACUUUGCGAAGAAUUAGCCAGAUUAGGAGCAGAUGUAAACGGACUUGAUGUUGAUGCAGAAGCCCUCGAUACAGCAAAACAUCAUCAAUUAUUAGACGAUUCGAUCAGAGACAAUUUAAACUACAUAAACGAUUCGAUUUACGAACACGAACGAGAUAAUUUUGAAAAAUAUGACGCUGUAAUUAUUUCCGAAGUAAUCGAGCAUGUACCAAAUACAGAGAAAGAAAAAUUCUUAUCGAGCUCUAUAAAUGCUCUUCGACCCGGAGGUUCAUUAUUCAUCACUUGCCCGAACAGAACAAUUUCCAGCAGAAUAAUCGUGAUAUUUUUAUUCGAGUUGAUCGGCAUGAUUCCCAAAGGUACUCACUACUACGAUGAUUUCAUCACUCCGGAAUCUUUAAUCAAGAUGAUCGAAAAAAAUAAAUGUGAAAGUAAAAACGUCAUAGGAAUAUUUUACAAUCCGUUCAAAAAGGAUUACGUGAUUUCUUGGUACAAGUCAUUAUUCUAUGGGAUUCAUGCUAUAAAAAUGAAAGAAAAAUAAAAAUCAUAAUUGUGUGA